UAACACUUCUGGAUUUUUAUUUUGAAGCCUAUGAACUCAUCUCUACCGGAAGCUGUACUCUUUACUGUUGCGAACGUCACACUGUUUGAUCAAUAUGGUGUCUGGUAAAAAGGUGUGUUAGCAGAGUGUCUUUGUUGUGUUUUUACAGUGUGAACAUGUCUAAAGUCCAAAUGCUGAGAUCGUUGGUGAAGCAGCGACUAACUGCGGCUGCCGAAGAGAUAUUUGGGCUGGUUGAAAGAACGAUAGCAGAGUACGAGGAGGAACUUUGUCGAUCAAAAGAGGACAACGAGCGACAACGGAAACUACUGGACGCUGUUUUCAACCCUCAGCUUCGGUUACACAGAGCAGACGUCCAGCAGCUGUCGGUGGUUAAAGAAGAGGUUCCCCCUGAGCAGCAGGAGUGGAGCUCCAGUGUGGACCAGGAGGACCCAGAGCCUCCACACAUUAAAGGGGAACAGGAGGAACUCUGGAUCAGUCAGGAGGGAGAGCAGCUUCAAGGGCUGGAGGAGGAUGAUAUCAUCAAGUUCACAUUCACUCCUGUCCCUGUGAAGAGUGAAGAUGAUGAAGAGAAACCUCAGUCCUCACAGCUUCAUCAAAGACACACUCAGCAGAUAAAGACAGAAGUGGAAGAAGAGGACUGUGGAGAAGCAGAACCAGCCAGGAAUUCAGAUUUGGAUAGACAUUUACAAGCAGAGACUGAUGACAGUGAUGGUUGGAUGGAGACCAGAGAACCUCAGUCAGGUUUAAACUCUCUGAAAAAUGAUGAAGUCCUUGUCAGUGAUUUGAUUGUUGAUGAGAAACGAUUUAGCUGUUCUGAGUGUGGGAAAACCUUUGGUCACAGAAGAGAUCUGAAGAGACACAUGAGAUCUCAUACAGGAGAGAAACCAUUUAGCUGUUCUGAGUGUGGCAAAAGAUUUGGUCGUAGUGGAGUUCUAAAGGAGCACAUGAUAUCUCAUACAGGAGAGAAACCAUUUAGCUGUUCUGAAUGUGGCAAAAGAUUUGGUCGUAGUAGAGUUCUGAAGCAACACAUGAUAUCUCAUACAGGUGAGAAACCAUCUAGCUGCACUGAGUGUGGGAAAAAUUUUAGUCAUAGUGGAAUUCUGAAGGACCAGGAGAGCUCUCAUACAGGAGAGAAACCAUUUAGCUGCUCUGAAUGUGGGAAAAAAAUUAGUCAUACGGGAGGUCUGAAGGUACACGUGAGAUCUCAUACAGGAGAGAAACCAUUUAGCUGCUCUGAGUGUGGGAAAAGAUUUGGUUACAGUGGAGAUCUGAAGAAACACAUGAGAUCUCAUACAGGAGAAAAACCAUUUAGCUGCUCUGAGUGUGGCAAAAGUUUUGGUCGUAGUGGAGUUCUGAAGAAUCACAUGAGAUCUCAUACAGGAGAAAAACCAUUUAGCUGCUCUGAAUGUGAAAAAAAAUUUGGUCUAAAGUUAAAUUUGAAGAAACACAUGAGAUCUCAUACAGGAGAGAAACCGUAUGGCUGCUCUGAGUGUGGCAAAAGCUUUGGUCAAAGUGGAGAUUUGAAGAGACACAUGAGAUCUCAUACAGGAGAAAAAACAUUGAGCUGCUCUGAGUGUGGCAAAAGCUUUGGUCAAAGUGGACAUUUGAAGACGCACAUGCGAACGCAUACAGGAGAAAAACCGUUUAGCUGCUCAGUUUGUGGGAAAUCAUUUACACAAAAUGGAAAUUUACAUUCACACAUGAAAAUUCAUGCGGGAGAAACGUGAUUAAGCUGUUCUGUCUGAAAAAAAAAUCUGAUUUUCAAAACACUCAUGACUGACUUUAAAUUUAUGUAUUUACUUACUCACCAAGAUCAGUCUUGUACAGCCAGGGGGAGUAUUUCCCCUCUGUCAACCAAGCUGGGUCAAAACCUGUUAUCUGUGUCUCAGACCACAUUGCCUUGACCUGUGGGGUGCCCCAAGGGUCAAUCCUGGGACCCUUUCUUUUCAAUCUCUACAUGCUGCCUUUAGGCCAGUUAAUACAAAGUAAUAAUGUGUCUUACCACAAUUAUGCAGACGACACUCAGAUCUAUGUCUCACUGACAGCAGGUGAAUAUGGGCCAGUGGA